UUAAGAAUCUCAUGUAAAGCUACGCUAGUUGGAGGAUCUUUCCACAUAAAAUACAUAGAGGAUGUCAAACUUGGGGCAAUUUGACUCCGAUUUUUAUCAAUCUAAUUAUACCAUCGAUAAUCAGGAGCAGAGCUGUAAUGACUCUAAUGCCCAUGGAAAUCUCUAUGGAUCUGGAAACCAACAAGCGGAUGCGCAGCCUCAGCCUGGCUCGUUUGUUCCUCCAGAAAUGCUCAUGUCACCAGAUUACGCGGGACAAUUUUUUCAGCCAGCCUCCAGCUCGGAUUAUUAUUCACAAUCUUCUUACAUUGGCAGUUUUGAUGAAGAGCCUCCUUUGCUAGAAGAUAAGUUAAGGAAGUAACUCGGAAUCAAUUUUGAUCACAUAUGGCAAAAAACCUUGACGGUGUUAAACCCAAUGAGACCAGCAGAGGGCAGCAUCAUGAACGAAACGGACCUCACGGGCCCCGUCCUGUUCUGCGUGGCCCUGGGAGCCACCCUGCUGCUGGCAGGGAAAGUUCAGUUUGGUUACGUGUAUGGCAUGAGCGCCCUUGGCUGCCUCGGGGUUUACGCCUUGCUGAACUUGAUGAGCUCUUCAGGGGUGUCCUACGGCUGUGUGGCGAGCGUGCUGGGUUACUGCCUGCUGCCCAUGGUCAUCCUGUCCAGCUGCGCCGUCUUCUUCUCACUGCAGGGCACGUUCGGAACCGUGUCAGCCCUGGUCAUCGUUGGCUGGUGCAGCCUCUCAGCUUCCAAGAUCUUCAUUUCGGCCUUGAACAUGGAAGGACAGCAGCUUCUGAUUGCCUACCCUUGUGCCUUGCUUUAUGGGCUUUUUGCCCUCCUAACGGUUUUCUGAAGAAUGUAUAAGGUGGCGUUUCAAGAUUCUAAUUUGUUUGCUGUUCAGAUUAUCUUGGAAAUGUAUUAACAUUCAAAUUUGGUGGUGUCAUUUCUGUCUUAUUGCUGUAGAGAGAAUAAUAAGCAG